UCAAUAAAAUUGAUUAUUAUUUUAACUUUGUACAGAACAGAACAAAUUCUGAAGUAGUUUUUGGUCAAAAUAUUUUAAGCUCUUUGAUAAUUGAAUUCAUAUCUAAAUUUAAUGUUAACGUUUAAUCCCAUCUAAGACAAUGGCAACUGAAAUUGAAAAAGAACCCGUUAAAAUAGUAAAGUCGACUCAUGGACCCAUUAGUAUCAUGCCGCCAACUGAGACACAUGGAAUCGGUGAUAGCGUCAUAGAGAAGCCACUUACCCCAUGCAAUUCGGUUGAGAAUUUAUCGGACCUAUCCCUCGACUCGUCGUUCGCCUCAUGCGAAUCCUUUAAAACCAUUUGUAAAGCAUGGAAAAGCCGCGUGAAAAGUGUGUCGACCAUGAGCUUGGACAGGGGCACCAACGAUUUCGAAGCUGAUUUGGGGGAUAUGUCGUCAAGGGUUGACAUAAACAAGAUGGUCGGCCCAAUCGAUGCCCAAGACCUGGCGAAACGCUUGUCGCUGUGCGUCGUCCUGGAGAGUCGCACUCUGCGACUCACCGAUAGCAGCGAGGACGACGCGCCGCAUGCUACGAGCAAGCCUUCCCAGCGGUUCUUUGAACCCGACGAGAUUCGUGAAGCAUUUGCUGCCUUCAAGCUAUACGAUGGAAAUGAAGACAACUAUAUUGAGCUACCUGAGCUGAAGCUAGCUCUGGAGAAGCUAUCGGUGCCACAGACGCACCUGGCCGCAAAGGAACUCAUGGGUCAAAUUGUCGGCAAUCAAGCAACAAAGAUGAACUUUUGCCAAUUUCUGCUUACUUAUGCGGCGAUCCUGGAAACCAAUAAAUCAAGAGUCGGUCAGCCAAUGAACUCUCAGUUGGACCUGACACGACCCAAGGAAUCCGUCAAUGUUUCCGAGGUGGGCGUAAGCGGAGCAAAACGUUUCUUCGAGUCCAAGAUUGCACAGCAAAAUCAAGACCAACAAUCAGCCUUAGCCAAGGAAGACUGUAACCAAUUUAACAUAGUUCCAAAUACAUAAAUAGACGUCAUUCAGGCCGA